AGCUUUUGGGAGGGAGGGCAUCCUUGUUCCAGGGAGGCAGUCUGCAGGUCAUUGCCAUCGCUGUAGGGGUGUUCUAAAGAUGAAGUCUCAUUAUCUUCUGCUGUUUUUAUUCUUUUCCUGCACGUUUUCCAGCAAAGCGGAGAAGGACGACUCCUUCACGUUCAGCCACACACCUACUGAAAUGAGAUCCAGGUUCGCCAUGCUGGACGACGUCAGAAUCUUAGCCAACGGCCUGCUGCAGUUGGGGCACGGCCUCAAAGACUUUGUUCACAAGACCAAGGGCCAGAUCAACGAGAUCUUCAACAAGCUCAACAUCUUCGACAGGUCCUUCAACAACCUCUCCCUCCAGACCAACGAAAUCAAAGAGGAGGAAGAACAGCUCAAGAGAACCACUACGAUCCUGCAGGCCAACAACCAAGAGAUCAAAAACAUGUCGCUGCAAAUAUACUCCAAAAUAAACGAGAUCCUGAACGACCGCAGCCAUCUGGAAACCAAGCUGGGAGGACUGGAGGAAAGACUGAACGGGCUCACCCACAGCCUGCCUCAAGCAUCCGAGCUGAAAGAGGUGUCGUCUCUCAAGAAUGUCAUUGAUAGCCAAGACAAAAAUAUCCAAGACCUUCUCAAAGUUGUAGGUGAACAACACAACCAGCUGAACCAUCAGAAGAACCAAAUCAAAGACCUGGAAGAAAAGCUCAGCUACGGUGUCUUCUACGAGAAUGCAGAAAAGUCAUUUUCCUCCAAGCACGGGGACGAGCCCAGAACAAUGCAAUACCUGCCAAACAACGCAACAAAUCGAACCUCAGAAAACACUGGCCUCCCUGCAGACUGCAGCGACAUUUACAACAGCGGAGUAAAGACCAGUGGCAUUUAUCCAAUCCAGCCGCAUCAGUCAGAGCCAUUCAACGUGUACUGCGAAAUGACAGAAGAGGCUGGCUGGACAGUUAUCCAGCACAGAACAGACGGAUCGGUGGACUUCGACCAGCCCUGGGAGAAAUAUGAACAUGGAUUUGGAGCUCUUGAAAGAGAAUUCUGGCUAGGCUUGGAGAAGAUCUAUUCAAUCUCCCAGCGAGGGCCCUCCAUUCUCCACAUUGACCUGGCAGACUGGAGGAAAGAGCAGCGCUUCAUGGAGUACACGUUCACUCUGGAAGGCAGGGAGCAGGACUACACUCUCCACCUGAGCCAGGUCAAGGGUGAGCUCCCCGACUCAAUGAGCAACCACAACGGGAUGAGGUUCUCCACCAGGGACAGAGACAACGACAACAAGGAGGAUUCCAACUGCGCCGAGGACUACUCAGGUGGAUGGUGGUUUAAUGCGUGCGGAGACACCAACCUGAACGGCAGGUACAUCCCUAUGCGCUCCAAGGGGCGCUUAGACAGGAGGAGAGGGAUCUAUUGGAAGCCGGGCAAAGGAAGCUCCUACCCUCUUGUAUCCACUAAAAUCAAAAUACGCCCCAAACAGCUGGAAAGCUUUGACUAGGAGUUGUGCCUCUGUGUUUCUUUGCUGCAUUGAAAAUGAUUUCCGAGUUUGCCAGUUUGCACGAGCAAGCAGUUAAAUAGAUCCGUCAUUAACGAACACUGUGGGUGUUGGGAUAGCAGAGGCUCUGCCUAACACUGCAAACCUUAACAUCCUAAACAUCAGGCCUCUGCAAAAUGAAAGCAACGAUGCCUGAAAGCGCAAAUCGAAGAUCUUUUCUUUUGUAAUUUAUGUUUGAAAUAAUAUUUUGUUUUACAUUUUACUGUAAUGAAUAUCACACACUAUGCAUGUACAAUUACUCACAGUAAUGUGUUUUGUACAAGAGAACUGACUGUUCCUUUUUUAGGUAUUUUUAGAAACAGAUAUAGGCAUAGUAUAUAAAAAGCAUUGAUGUAACCUGAACUACAUUUCAUUUAUCAAACAGUAUCUAUGCAACCAAA